AUGUUUACGGUCUCUGUUCACAUGGUCCUGCAACCCUCAGUCCCAGUCACCACCCUCUCUCCUGCUCUGCGGGAUAUCUUGGACGGACCAGCACCUCAGACAACCGACAGCGGCUCUUAUUUUUAUUGGUUUGACUCAAACCCCACCUUCAACGCAAGCCAGGAUCUUGAGCACCGAUACAAAGCGGAUGCGCAGGUUGCAGAGCAGCCUAGACUGUGCCUUCCUGGCUGUGGUGGCCAGCACUUCACUUUUCCCUUGAAGAAUGCUUGGGCUGGUUGGCACAUUGUUGGUCAUGUGGGGUUCAGGGUGCAGCAAGGGGUCAAGUCGGCGAGCGGCAACCUUGGGUUCAUGGAUGGAGUGCCGACCACCAGCAACCUUGCCGACACCUUCAUCGUUGCAAGGAAGUCUCAGAAUUUCAGCAAAAAGGACACCGACAUCAUUGGCUGGAUGCCCUUUCUGCAGCUAUCCGAGGAAGGUCUGGCCAAUCCGAUCUUUACCAUGUGGGACUGCCACUUCUUGGGGAAUGGUCAAGCGCUCCUUCUGCAGCACUGGGACGCCCUCACAGUACGCCUACGGACGAUGGAUGACCAUGCAGCCAUUCAUUACCCUGGCAUGAUGCGCAUCUACGCAGCCACCACCAAGAAGCGCACGGCGGCUCUCUGUUGCCUGCAGGUAUCUCACGCGGUCAUGGACCUGGCGCAGGCGGUCAAGCAUGCUCAUUGCAACAACCCACCUGCAGCAGCUGGCUUUCAGCCAUCGGAUGCAGAGCCAAAAGUCCUGCAGCCCUUGUGGUCGGUACCUGCGCCCCUUGUGCAGCGGAUGGGCAAGCACCUUGCCAAGAUCAACCGGACGGCGGACGUGCCAGUCCAUAUUUGCUUUGGCAAAGAUGGCAUGAUCUCUGUCCGCGCCAAUUUCAGCGCACAGAAGCACAGAGUAUCAAGGAGCCCCUUUGCACCACUGCAGAGCAUUGGCAAUACCUUGGAGCAAGUCUGGACGGACUAUAUCGAGGCAUUCCAACUUUCCAUCCUGCACGUGGUCACUUCAGUGCUUUUGGACGCCAAGGCCAGCGGCAAUGAACAGCUCUUUAUAAUCUAUGCUCUGUUGCAGCUGCACGCUGAAAAGGGAGUGCGCUCCCUGGCUUGCCCUCUGUGGGUCGCUGCACACGAGAUUGCAAGGGAGCCGGGAAAUGGUAAAGUGACAAUGGAUGACCAUGCAGCUAUUCAUUACCCUGGCGUGAUGCGCAUCUACACGACAAGUAAAAACUGCACGGCUGCUCUCUGCUGCCCACAAGUCUUGCACACCAUGACCGACCUGGCGCAAGCAGUCAAGAGUGCCCACUGCAAGGUGGGAGGUCAGAGUGUCAUCAGAUCAGGAUGGUGAGCAUUGAUUUUGAGGUUGUGGAAGCCCAACUCUACAGCAGUCUGGAGCACUUGUUCUUCUAAUGCUUCCUGCUUCUCUUGGCUGUAGUACUUGCAUCUGAGUAUCAAGAGCCUUGCCGGUGGGAGGUCUUUGCACUCAUGCUCAUCAAUGAUUGCUUCAGGGAAAAUGGAGAGGGAUUUGCCACCAAGCUCAAUGAGCAGAAACUUGCUCAUGUUGGCACCUACCCAGCCUUGAUCUCCGGCAUCAUAGCAUAUAUGGUUGCUGCUAAACAUCCACCAGUCCCAGCUUCCAUCUACGUGCGCUCUCUUGAGCUACCGCUUGCAAAUGGCAAGCAUUCUCACCCAUUCUACAGAUUUUAG